AUGUUCAUCGAUCUGUCAGGGGAUCAAGGCAGAGCCACUCCAACCAAGAGAUACAACACGGAGGCUUUACCUCAAAUACUACCGUGCGAAGUUGCUAAAGCUCUUUAUUACAUGAAGGCAGAAAAGUCUCCUGGCGAGGACAGGAUCACAGUUGAACUUCUUUGUGCUGAGGGAAAGCCAGCCGGCUUUCGAAGUGGCUUCUCCACCACAGACCACAUCCAGACGGUGAAACAGUUGAUGGAGAAGUAUCACGAGUACAACGGACCCAUUGUCAUGACUUUCGUUGAUUAUGAACAGGCCUUCGACAGUGUCGAACAUUUCGCUGUGUUCCACGCUCUCUAUCGCACUGUUCGAAUGCAUGAACUAACCAACCCUGUACCAAUCAAAAGGGGAGUGUGGCAGGGAGACAUAAUUUCGCCAAAACUGUUUACUUCUGUCCUACAAGACGUAGUAAAAACACUUCAUUGGACGAAAUAUGGCGUUAACAUCAAUGGAGUCUUCCUGUCCUACUUACGGUUUGCAGACGACCUAGUAUUCUUUGCUAACGAUCUCCGGCGUAUGCUGCAACAACUAUAUGAUGAUUCUAUGUGGGUGGGCCUCAAGAUGAAUAUGUACAAGACUAAGGUUAUGGCGAACAUUUCCAACGUCACAAAUCCAAGUGUCACAGUUGGAAGUGAGAUGUUGGAGAUCGUCGAUUAA